GCAAGCUCUCGUUCUGUUCUCGCGAGCCGAUGGUGGCUACCCGGCCCCGGGUCGUCCGCCCCAUCCCUCCGCUCCUGUGGCUUCUCCCGCCCGCUGUAGCGCUGGGACCUGCGGAGUGUGGGGUCUGCGAGGAGAAGGCUGGAGACCCGGAGCCGAAAUGGAACUGUUGACAUUCAAGGAUGUGGUCAUUGAUCUCUCUUUAGAGGAGUGGGAGUGCCUGGACCCUGCUCAGCAGAAUCUGUACAGGGAUGUGAUGUUAGAGAACUACAGAACCUUGAUCUUCCUGGGUCUAGCUGUCUCUAAGCCACACCUGAUAACCCUUCUGGAGCAAAGCAAAGAACCCUGGAUUGUGAAGAGUCAAGAUACAGCAGCCAUGCAUUCAGUUAUGUCUUAUACCCAAGGAUUUUCAUCACAGCAAGGCAUAAAACAUUCAUUCCAAAAAGUGAUGCAUCAAAGACACGGAAAUUGUGGCAUUACCAAUUUAUACUUAAGAAAAGACUGGGAAAUUGUUGGUGAGUAUGAAGGGGAGAAUCCAUGUUUUAAUGGACGUAACCAAUAUGUGACAACUAAAGACAAUAGAAAUAUUACUGCCAAAAGUGAUAAAGAACACAUAACAUCUCAGAAAAUAUUUGAAUUUUUACCGCUUACUUUGAAUGACCAACGUGUUUCUAUAACUAAUAAUUCACAUCCAAUUAUAAAACAUAAACUUUCUCUCAAAGAAAAUUUGGAAAAGCCAAAAUUGGAUCUAGUCAGUGGUUCAAUUACCUUUUUGAACAAUUUCAAAGGUAGUGUUGGAUUAAAUUUUCAUUCAGGCAUUUCUAUAGACAAGAGAUUGAAAAUGGAUGAACAAAGUUCUAAAUAUUGUCAAUUUGACAAAUCCUUUAAGAGAAGUUCAUUAUUCUAUAAUCAACAAAUAUGUCUACUGUGUGCAAAAAUGUACAGUUUGAAUAAAUACAAGAAGGUGUUUACACACCCAUUAGUGUUCAAGCAAAACCCAUAUAUAGAUCUUUUGGAAACUCAUGACAACUAUAAUGAACAUGGGAAGGCCUCUUGUGAGGGGUCUACUCUAAAUAAUUACCAGGAUAUUUAUACUGGACAGAAACUUUGCCAAUGUAAAGAAAUUUAUAAAAUCGUAAACCAUGACUCAAACCCUAGUAAGAAUCAGUGUACACAUUUUCAAAAAAACAUUUACAAGUGUGAUAAAUGUUGCAAAGUCUUUGACCAGUGCUCAGAACUUACUAUUCAUCAAAGUAUCCAUAUUCAACACAACCUUUCUAAGUCUAUAGACUUAGCAUUUGCUAAUGAUUCUGCCCUUCAUAAACACCAGAGAAUUCAUACUGGAGAGAAACACAGGAAAUGUAAAGAAUGUGACAAAACCUUUCAUCAGAGCUCAACCCUUAAGAAACUUUACAAAUGUAAAGAUUGUGACAGAGUCUUUAAAUAUUGCUCAACACUGACUCGACACCAGAGAAUUCAUACUGGAGAGAAGCCUUACAAAUGUGAACAGUGUGGCAAAGCCUUUACAUAUUCCUCAACUAUUAAUCAACAUCAGAGAAUUCAUACUGGAGAGAAACCAUUCCAGUGUAAAGAAUGUGGCAAAGCUUUUAAUCAGCGGUCAAAUCUUACCAAGCACCAGAAAAUUCAUACUGGAGAGAAACCCUUCCAAUGUAAAGAUUGUGGCAAAGUCUUUUAUCAAAACUCAGCCCUUAAUCAACACCAGAAAAUUCAUACUGGAGAGAAACCCUACAAAUGUAAAGAUUGUGGCAGAGUCUUUUAUCAAAAUUCAGCCCUUAAUCAACACCAAAGAAUUCAUACUGGAGAGAAACCCUACAAAUGUAAAGAGUGUGGCAAAGCCUUUAACCAAACUUCAACCCUUAAAAAACACCACAUAAUUCAUAGUGGAGAGAAACCCUACAAGUGUAAAGUGUGUAAUAAAACUUUCCAUAGUUCCUCGAACUUAACUCAACAUGAGAGAAUUCAUACUGGAGAAAAACCCCACAAAUGUAAAGAGUGUGGCAAAGCCUUUGAUCGAAGUUCCACACUUACUCAGCACCAGAGAAUUCAUACUGGAGAGAAACCCUACAAAUGUACCAGAUGUGGCAAAGCCUUUAAUCUAAGUUCAAGUCUUACUCGACACCAGAAAAUUCAUACUUGAUUGAAAUGCAAAUGUAAUGGUUGUGGCAGAACUAGAGCAUAGAAUAUGUAUUAGAAACACUAGAAAUGUAAUGCGUAUGGCAAAGCCUUUGAUGAAAUUUCAACCUUUACUGGACGCUAGAGAAUUCAUAUGGGAAAAAGGCUAUACAGGUAUAAAGAUUGUGGCAGAGCCUUUAAUCACAUCUUAAAGCUUAUUAUAAAUGCCUGUUUUUUAGUUCCAUUUUUGCAAACUGGAUAAAGAACAACUUUUAAAUUAGUCAUUGUAUCAGAAGAACAAAACUUUCUGAUGGUUAUUAAAGGUUUGUUUCACAGAAAAUGUGAAUUUUGCAUUUUUUGAAACUUUGUAAUCUUUAAUUUUUUUACUAAAGAAAAAUGAGUAUUAACGUAAUACCAGUUUUGAGUAUGGAAUAGCAGGUUAUUCUAACAUGGACAUUAAAUUAUUCCCCUUACUCAAGAUUGCACCUAUCAGAUGGUAAUAAUUAUACUGUUGGGUUAACAGCAUAGUGACAUUUCUUGUAAUCAUUUUCCUAAGGUCACUGAACUUCAGAUAAUUUAGAGACCAUUACUUCCACAAGUCAUUUUUAUUCUUCCCUACUUUUUAUAAUUAUUGGAAAAUUAUGGUGGAUAGAGAAAUGCAAAAGAAAGCCCUUACUUUUAUGGUUCAUAUUUAUAUAUUAUCCCUUUGGGGCUACAAAGAACACAGAUUUUAUAUAUUGUCUGGAAAUAAGCAUAUUACUAUUUGAUAAGCUUCAGGCAUAGGAGAUUGUAGAAUUACUGAGUAUGUGAGUUUAUAUAUGUCAUCUGUUGAGAAUAAAGGGAAUUUUUAAAAGGUGGUAUUGCUAUGUAUUUAGGCUGGCCUUGAAUUAUGUAGCUGUGGGUGACCUUGAAUUUAUGGCAAUCCUCCUGCCUCAGGCCCUUCAGUGCUAGGAUUAUAAGCAUGUCCACCAUGCACAGCAGAAAAGGACUUAUCAAAACAAAAGAUAACUUGAAAAGACUUAUUUAUCAGAAAUAUAAUUUUUCCCUUUUAGAAUCUCUGCCUGCUAUAUCUGUCAUUUUUUUUUGCCUGUUAGUCAUGAAAGACCUUGAGUUACGACCAGCCUGACAUAUGAACAACUUGGGUUACCACUGGAAUUUCAGUAUUAACUUAAAGACCAAAGUCUUGAGUUACAACCUAAAUGCUAGGCACUUGUGCUUCCAGAUGGUUUCAGAUAUACAGUCAACCCUUAAAGAGUUAUAGAAGGAACAUUACAACAUCCUUUCCUGUGUGGCAUUAUUUGAGAAAUCCUGGGCCAGUGUCUGUCUCUUUAAGGACCCUGAGAUCUGCCUCUAUACAGGACAGAGACUUUGAAGGCUGUGUGGAGAAAUCUGAGAGAGUUACAACCAGCCCUUGGAAACAAAUUGAGUUUGUAAGUCAAGGGUCCACUAUGUGGUUUAAUUGAAGUUUAUGAAAUACUCUUCACAAAAUUUAAGAAUUUUUUUAAUACUUUUGUUCCAAAGUUAAUUUGAAAAUAUAAUUCAUGAUAAUUAUACUGAUACAUUUUCUUUAAUUCUACAUUCCAUUAUUUCCUUCUCAAAAACACUUUUAAAUUAUUUUAACUUACUGUUCUUUUCUGAUUAAUGACCCUAGAAAAUUUAAUGUAUUCCUUGAGCCAGUUUAAAUGAUUUCUGAGACUUAAUCAUGAUGUUGUUUUGAAAUUCGUAGGACAUAAACUCACAGAACAGUUCUCUAUAAUUAUUAGUAAAGUAUUCUUAUUAGAAUGAGUUCAUUGCUUCAUAUAAGAGAAUGAAAAACCCAAGAUAAAUAAAUGAUAUUCUAUGUAUGGACA